UGAAUUGUUUCUUGGCAUUUUUGUUUUGACAAGUUCACAAUUUAUAAAGUGGGUCGUUUUUCAUUUUUACAUUCUUGCAAGAUUUUGUAUCUGUUUUGGAAUUGCUAUUGUUCGUGUUUCAGACUGUGAGUGAUACUUACAGACGAGCAGCCAUGACUAUUGCUGAUUCAAGUGCAACUCCAACCAGGCUAGAGGGAAAGUACAGCGCAAUGGUAGUUUGUUGGAUUCUUGGACUCGGAUCCCUAAUCGCAUGGAACAGCAUAUUGACAAUAGGAGACUACUACUAUGCAGUGUUCCCACGGUACCAUCCUGAAAGGGUACUCACCAUCGUUUAUCAACCUUUUGCACUUGGAACAAUGGCAACACUUGCACAUUAUGAGGCAAAGAUUGACACUAGGCGACGUAAUAUAUUUGGGUACAUUCUUUUCUGCUUGGGUACUUUGUCACUGCUACUUUUGGAUUUAGCAACAUCAGGGAAAGGCGGGAUUGGAAACUAUAUUGGUGUAUGUGUUCUUGUUAGUUCCUUUGGAGUUGCAGAUGCCCAUGUUCAAGGUGGGAUGGUCGGAGAUCUAUCCUUCAUGUGCCCUGAAUUCAUGCAGUCCUUUUUAGCUGGUUUGGCUGCAGCAGGGGCCCUGACAUCUGCUUUGAGGUUAAUCACAAAAGCGGCCUUUGACAAAUCUGAUGAUGGUCUUCGCAAAGGAGCUAUGCUGUUCCUUGCCAUCUCCACUUUUUUGGAGUUUCUAUGCAUUCUUCUGUAUGCAUUCUAUUUUCCUCGAUUACCUAUCGUGAAGUAUUACCGUACAAAGGCAGCCUCAGAAGGAUCAAAAACUGUUUCAGCUGACCUUGCUGCUGCUGGCAUCCAAACACAAGAAAGUGUAAUAGCUGGUGCUAAAGACUCGGAAAACUUGAGCCACAAGCAAUUAUUCUUACAGAACAUAGACUAUGCGAUAGCUCUGUUUUUGAUAUAUGUCGUAACUUUAUCAAUCAUCCCUGGGUUCUUAUAUGAAAACACUGGAACACAUAAUAUGGGCACAUGGUAUCCUAUUGUUCUAAUAGGGAUGUACAAUGUGUGGGAUCUGAUAUCAAGAUACAUUCCUCUCGUGAAAAAGAUCAAGUUGGAGUCACGAAAGGGCCUCAUGCUUGCAACCAUAUCCCGUUUAUUGCUUAUCCCUUGUUUUUUCUUCACUGCAAAGUACGGUGAUAAAGGAUGGAUGAUACUGCUGACAUCCUUCUUGGGACUAACGAAUGGUUACCUCACUGUUUGCGUCCUUACCUCAGCUCCCAAAGGCUACAAGGGACCGGAGCAAAAUGCAUUGGGCAACUUGCUAGUGUUAUGUCUCCUAGGCGGCAUAUUUUCUGGGGUUGCUCUUGGUUGGUUAUGGCUUAUUGGUUCCAACCAGAAGUUCUUCGGAUAACAUCUUCUUGAUCAUGAUGAAUAUAGUCAAGUCCUUGCACUCAAAUACCGAACUUCUCAAGUCCAGAUGGAAAUGAAACAGGAGCCAUGAACCGCUUUUAAGGAGGAUUUUUUUUUUGCAAUGUUUCAGCAAAAACUUCAUACAUCAGCAAAUAUACUGUUUAGACAUCCUUCCUUAUAGCAGACAAUUUCAGAUUCCUGAAUUUCACUUCUUGAACAAAUCCCGUAAUGUACUUAAAAUAUCAGCUUGUGAGGACUGAUGAUUAAUCUGUGUUUUUGUGAACCCCACGUUUGUUAACCUUACUAUCUUCG